AACAUGAAAAUUGAUCUCAUAGAAUUUAAUUCUAAAUAUCAAUGCAUAACUAAUACAUACAAACUCGAAGAUUUCUUCGAGAUAUAAUACUACUUUUGAAAUAUUUGACACGGACCAAAGGGCAUUUUAAAUGAACUAAAAAAAAAAGGAGUCCAAAAGUAGAGAAACUCUACAAAAAAAGCCGCACUUUUUUCUUCUCCUUUUUUUCAUCAAUCACAAUCAAACUACUGUAACAAAAUUACCACCAUUGAUGAAGUGAAGUGAAGUGAAUCUCUCAUAUACAGAAUUUUGGCUUUUUUCCCCUCUCCGUAAACGUCAUCCAUAGAAUUUUUCUCCAAUCGAGCCGCCCCAUUUUUGUUUUUUUUUUCUUUUCCAUUUAAUAAACGCUUCUUCACCAUCCAAAUUAUCAGAAACUUCUUUUCUCUUCUGAUUGUUCCAUUUCAGCUUCUGGGUGUUUUUCUUAUCUGGGUUUUAGGCUUUUUAGCAUUGAGGAUUCAAGAAAAAGGCACAAAUGAUGGGCGGACAAUCAAUAGCUGAUUCAGCGGGGCAAAUCAAAAUAAGUUUUGGAUAUCACUGUAAUAACAGCACAGAUGAUUCUGGUGAGGAAUCAGAUGGUAUUGACGUGCGUCCUGGAAGUAAACUUCGAAGAGCCAACAGUUCCUUCUCUUGCCUGUCUGGGGCAGCUCUAAGUGCCAAUGCCACACUAGCUAACACAAAUAUUUGCAAUGGAUUGUUCGGGGCUGAGAUACUGCCAGCACUGGAUUCACCUACUUCAUUCCGACGGAUACCCUCUUCUCCGUCGUUCUCAAAGUUGGAUUUAUUAUCAUCUUCUUUUCAGAAUAGCUUGUCAAACUUAAGUUGUAGUCCAUCCUCUCCAAGCGAGCUAGCUGAAGACAAUUCAUCUUCAUUGAGAUCCACAAGUGCUCCUUCUAGGUGUGAAAGCUUCCUUAAUGCAACAGAAGUUAAAAUUGCUGGUGGUGCAGCAGGUGAAGACAGAGUUCAGGCUGUUUGUUCUGAAGAGAACGACUCACUCUUCUGUGGCAUAUAUGAUGGAUUUAAUGGAAGAGACGCAGCUGAUUUUCUGGCUGGAACAUUGUACGAAACAAUUAGGCAUUACCUUGGUUUAUUAGACUGUGAACUCGAGCGAGAGUCUAAAGUUUCUGAUCACGUGGGUUUUUAUGGGCUUCCUUAUUUAGAGGUGGAAAAGUCAUGUACGUCUUUUAAGCAAAGGGUUCUUAAUAGUCUGGAACAGGCUCUUAUUCAAGCUGAGAAUGAUUUCCUUCACAUGGUUGAACAGGAAAUGGAUAACCGCCCUGACUUGGUGUCGAUUGGAUCCUGUGUAUUAGUGGUGCUUCUACUCGGGAAGAACAUAUAUGUGCUCAAUGCAGGAGACAGUCGAGCUGUAUUGGCAACUUAUGGUGAAGGCAUUGGUGCUAAUAGUGAUGGAAGGUUGCAAGCUGUGCAGCUGACUGUUAGUCAUACUGUCGAUGAUGAAUCUGAAAGAAUUCAACUAUUAAAGAAUCAUCCUGAAGAUCCCUCAACAAUCGUGGGUGGGAAAGUUAAGGGAAGGCUUAAGGUUACUCGGGCACUUGGAGUGGGUUACUUGAAAAAGAAGAGUAUGAAUGAUGCAUUGAUGGGAAUUCUUCGUGUCCGGAAUCUAGUUAGUCCUCCAUAUGUUACUGUACAGCCAUCUCGGACUGUACAUGAAAUAUCUAGUUCUGAUCACUUUGUUGUACUUGGAAGCGAUGGUCUAUUUGACUUCUUCAACAACGAUGAUGUUGUAAAGCUUGUCCAUUCUUACAUUCAACGUUACCCUUUUGGUGAUCCAGCCAAAUUUCUUGUGGAGCAACUUGUCAUGCGAGCUGCAGAUUGUGCAGGCUUUAGUAAGGAAGAGUUGAUGAGCAUACCAGCUGGGAGGAGGAGGAAAUAUCAUGAUGAUGUGACAGUAAUGGUGAUAAUCCUGGGAAUGAACAAACGUACCUCAAAAGCAUCGACUCGUCUAUAAGUUUUGUCAAUCUGAAGAACAAUUUUGUCGAUUUCAUUUCAUAUUAUUUUGUAUUUUGACCUCAAAGUAAGGGAACCGAGGCCCCGGAGAGGAGGAGAGGAGGUGGUUAUUUUGCUUAUAGUAGAAGGUUUAUGUUAUUCACCAUUUUUCAAUUUGUUUGAAAUUGUUCUGCAAAACACCUUUACUUCAUUUGUAAUCUAUGUAUAGUGUUGCUCAUCAUUUUCAUGAAUAAGAGGAAGUGUUGGAAUUUC